AUGUCUAAAAUGUCGAGCUCUUCCACGGAAAUAGCCCCAAUGCGCCCAGGAGAGCUCGCCUCCGCUCUUCCGGGACAAGCUCCUACCGCCGAUGCACCGGAACCCUCCCGUUCAGGCCCGCCCCGUGCUCCCCACGCUCCCCACGCUCCCCACAUAAUCCCGGUAACACCUCCGGACUGGAACAACCUCAGGGUCAUCCACCGGAACACUUUGCCGCCGCGUGCCCACUUUUUCCUGUACGGAAACCGAGAAGAUGCCUUAUCACGCGAUAUCGCGCGCUCCAAGAGUCAGCUCAUCUCGGGGCAAUGGCGAUUCCACCUCUCCAAGUCCCCUCUCGAUGGUCCCGUCGACUUCCAUCUACACACCCCGAGCGACCUGGAGUCCAAACAUGGCUGGGGUGGGCAGACCAUCCGUGUUCCAGGCAUGUGGCAGCUCCAGGGUUACGGGAAAGGGCCGCAUUACACGAACCUCAACUUCCCAUUUCCGGUCGACCCUCCACACGUGCCGAUUGAUGACAAUGAAUGCGGCCGUUACGCCACAUCUUUCCAACUCACAUCGGAAGAUAAGGGGCAUCAGCUCAGGCUGCGAUUUGAAGGCGUUGAUUCUGCCUUUACCCUGUGGGUGAACCACCGUGAGGUCGGAUACUCUCAGGGGUCCAGAAACCCGAGCGAGUUCGACAUCACCCCCUUUGUCCGUUGCCCCGGUACCAACUCCCUCCACGUAGAAGUUUACCAACGGUGCGACGGCAGCUACAUAGAGGAUCAGGAUCAAUGGUGGCUCAGUGGCAUUUUCCGUGAUGUUUGGCUCCACAAGUUUCCACCCACUCACUUCGAGGACCUUCGGAUCAAGGCCCAGCUGUCUGACAAUUACCAAGACGGGACUUUGUAUGUCGAGUUCAAGCUUAACCACGAAGCAAAAGUCAACUUGGCUCUCCUGGAUGCCGAUGGGGCAGAAAUUGCCAGCCAGAUUCAGGAAAGGGAGGGUGGGGCCUCGGACAAAGGAACCUGGACCAAGGCCAAGAUCGGACCCCUCAAGGAUGUGCACAGGUGGACGGCCGAGACCCCCUACCUUUAUCAGUUGGUUCUCUCUAUGCCAGGCUGUAUCUUGGCCGAAAGGGUAGGCUUCCGCCGGACCGAGCUUCGAGACGGCGUAUUCUGUGUGAACGGCGCACCCAUCAAGUUGAGGGGCGUCAACCGACAUGAACACCAUCCCGAUCACGGGCGGGCGGUGCCGUACGAGUUCCUCAAGGCCGAUCUACACUUAAUGAAGCGGUUCAACAUCAACGCUAUCAGGACCUCACAUUACAUCAAUGACUACAGGUUCUACGAGCUGGCCGACGAGUUGGGCUUUUGGAUCCUGGAUGAGUGUGACCUCGAAUGCCACGGGCUGUUCGUAGUAGGGGGCAACGGCACGGCAUUGACGUCCGACAACCCUGAUUGGGAAGAAGCAUACAUUGACCGCGCCCGGCAGAUGGUCGCCCGCGACUUCAACCGCCCGAGUAUCGUUCUCUGGUCUCUGGGCAAUGAGUCUAGCUACGGACGAAACCAUGCCGCCAUGUACAAGUUCAUCAAGAGCAUCGACGACUCUCGUCUGAUACACUACGAGGGCGACUGGAACGCUCAGUCUGCCGACAUCCUGAGUCGGAUGUAUUUCUCCAUCGGUGACGUCGAAUCAAUGGCGAAGGCCCGUGAAUGGGAUAAGCCACUGGUUUUGUGUGAGUAUGUGCACGCCAUGGGUAACGGCCCUGGUGCCAUCAAGGAAUACAUCGACCUCUUCUAUAAAUACCCUCGCCUAAUGGGUGGUUUUGUAUGGGAGUGGGCAAAUCAUGGCCUAAGGACGAAGACGAAAGACGGGCAAGAGUACAUGGGAUAUGGGGGCGAUUUCGGUGACGAACCCAAUGACUACAACUUCGUCAUGGACGGGCUAUGCUUCUCAAAUCACACUCCCGGGCCCGGCCUUGUUGAAUACAAGAAGGCGAUUGAGCCUGUCCAGAUCCUUAGUAUCGAAGACGGAAACAAGAUACGGAUCGUAAACCGGUACGACUUCAUCGACCUUUCCCACUUGGAGUAUUUAGGCCUUCCCGGUCACCAGGCGCUCUUGGAAAUCCCGGGGCUUGAGCAGAAACAACCGGCAGAUUCAAACUUACGCCUGAUGUUCGUGAACUUGGCCGCUACCCCCUGGUCCCCUGCUGGGCACAUGGUCGCGGACGGGGAAGUGCAGUUGACGAAACCCGCGAGCCUACGGCUUCUACGCAACAUCACCAAUCUUCCAACGCAACCGUUAGAAGCGAGAUCAACCAGCACGGUCCUGUCAAUUAUUAGCAGCCACGGGCUAUCUUGGAAAUUCGACCUUGUUCGUGGCACUCUCGUCAGCUGGCAGCGCUUGAAGACAGGCUCAGAAAGUCUCUCCCCGAAUAUCCUCACCGAGCCUCUUCGCUUCGACCUCUACCGCGCCCAAACAGACAAUGACCGGGGCUGCGAUUUUGGCCGAAACUGGCGCGACCGCCGUCUGCACCAGGCAAAACACCAUCUCAUCCAGUCGUCUUGGCACCAACGGGAAGAUGGUGCCGUCGAAGUCAUUACCGAGAGCCGAAUCGCCCCGCCGGUCCUGAACUGGGCUCUCAAGGUUACCACCACCUACCACUUUGCAGCGGACCACAUCUACAUACGGGCACACGCGAAGCCUACGGGUAACCUGCUUCCGCGUGCAUGGGGCCGCCUGGGCCUGGUCACAGCCCUGGCGGGGUGUACCAAGGUCCACUGGUACGGCCGGGGUCCGGGCGAGAGCUAUCGCGACAAGAAGUUCAGCCAGCAGGUAGACAACUGGGAGAUGUCCGCUGACCGUCUGAUGACCGACUACGAGUUUCCGCAGGAGAAUGGAAACCGGACGGACGUGCGGUGGGUCGAGUUUGUUACGGCUGCGCCGGCCCGCCUGCUGAGAGCGCGGUACGGGGAUUUCGAGGGCGCGAGUUUCUCGGCGCUGCCGUACACGGCCGAGGACCUUGACGCGGCGCAGCAUCCGUAUGAGCUGAGGGAGAGGAAAAGGGAGGAUUUGGUUGUGCAUCUGGACUGGAUGCAUCACGGCUUGGGGACGGGGUCGUGCGGGCCGGAGACGCUGCCUGAGUAUACGCUGCACGCGAGCAAGGACCUCUGCCACCCCCGAUUACUUCCGACCAACUUCCCCGAUUGUCGUCGAUGCAAACGCCCUGCCAUGAAUCCGAAACGAACGUACGAAGAUGAAGAACCGUCUGCGAGCCUUCCGAAGCGGCUAAGAACCUUCGACCCCGCCUCCAAUGGCGUUAUUUACCCAAGCUGCGACGCGUACUCUCCACUUGUGCAUGAGGCUUACACAAUAGCCUGGAUCUGUGCACUUCCCUUAGAACUGGCGGCAUCGCGUGCCAUGCUAGACGAGGAACACCCACUGCCCCCCAACCAAGCCGGCGACGACAACACCUACGUGCUCGGACGCAUCGAUCAGCACAACGUCGUCAUGACAUGCUUGCCGGGACAGUACGGAACGAACAACGCUGCAAUCGUCGCGACAAACUUGAAGCGAAGUUAUCCGAGCAUCCGCGCUACCUUGAUGGUCGGCAUCGGCGGCGGAUCCCCAAACCAGGCCGACUUGUACCUAGGCGAUGUCGUCGUUGGCACGAGGGUCAUGCAGUAUGACAUGGGCAAGAUGGUUGCGGGCGGCGUGUUCGAAGAAACGGCCGAUGCGAAGACUCCUGCGCGGCUGCUGAACUCGGCUGUGUCCGCUCUACGGUCGAAGCAUGGGCCGCACCAUUCUAGCAGUCGAAUGACUAGCCUCCUGCGAAGCCGACUCCCAAACAUCUUGCGCCCGAACCACCCCGAUCGCCUUUUCCAAGCGUCCUAUGAACACCCUCUCGGGGCGCCAACAUGUAUUGACUGCGACCUAGAAAAGCUGCAACCACGAGGCGCACGCCUCUCUGACGAACCCAGGAUUCACUACGGAGUCAUCGCUUCGGGAAACAGGGUUAUGAAGGACGGGAAAGCACGGGAUGAGAUUGCGCGGCGACUUUUAGCGCUAUGCUUUGAGAUGGAGGCAGCCGGCAUGAUGGAUAAUCUCCAGUGCUUGCCGAUUCGCGGCAUUUGCGACUAUUCGGAUUCCCAUAAGAACAAGCAGUGGCAGGACUAUUCUGCUGCAACCGCAGCCGCAUACGCGAGGGAACUGCUGGAAGGGCUUCGGCCUUCGUCCAGGUCGCUUGACCGGACUCCAACAUACAUCACCGAACACUCAAAAUACCGGGAUUGGCUUGACCCCGGGAAGCAGUCGCAGAAUCAUGGCUUCUUGUGGAUGCGAGGCAAGGCAGGUGCCGGAAAGUCAACCAUGAUGAAGUUCAUGUACCUGGAAAUGAAAAAAGCCCCCAAGAAGCCCAGCAUGGCCGUGGCGUCCUUCUUCUUCAAUGCACGAGGCGACUAUUUGGAAAGGUCUAUCUCCGGGAUGUACCGGUCUCUGUUACUGCAGCUCCUGCAGGAAUUUUCGGAUCUUCAACCCGUACUGGACAAUACGGACAUCGUUCCGCGGAACCAACAAGACUGCCCUGACCUGAACGCUCUAAAAGAGCUUCUCAGCAACGCUGUCAUGGCCCUUGGCCAGCGCUGCUUUACCUGCUUCGUCGACGCCCUCGACGAGUGUGACGAGCUGGAGAUCCGGGACAUGGUCCAGUUCUUCGAGCAAUUGGCAGAGACUGCUACUGAUAAAGGCAUUCAGUUUCGAAUCUGUUUCUCGAGUCGGCCAUACCCCUACAUUGAUAUUCACCGGGGAAUCUUGCUUACCCUCGAGAAGGAAUCGGGACACGGAGAGGACCUGGCACAGUACGUCAAGAGUCGUCUCAGGAUCACGCACCGCCCGCUUCUUGAAGAAUUACAAUCCCAAAUCCUGGACAAAGCUGCUGGGAUUUUCAUGUGGGUCGUGUUAGUAGUGGAAAUCCUGAACAAUGAGAGUAGCCACGGCGCUCUUGCUCUGAGGAAAAAAAUUUCGGAAAUCCCGGCUGAACUGAGUGAACUCUUCAGGAGCAUGCUGGCACGCGAUCAACAUAGAACUGAAUCGCUACAGCUCUGCAUUCUCUGGAUCCUCUUCGCAAAGCGGCCUUUGAGCCCAGCAGAGUUCCGCCAUGCGCUGUGGGCGGGCUUGUUGGAGCAGCGUCUGGUCGAUCCCGAGCUGCCAGAUGACACACACAUGGAUGCCGUCAAACUGGUCACGAGUUCCUCGAAGGGGCUUGCUGAGAUCACCAAAUCUCAGCAGCCGACCGUGCAGUUCAUUCAUGAAUCAGUGCGGGACUUUUUGGUGAAAGAAAGGGGCGUCCAGGACUUGUGGCCUGAACUUGGAUUCGACUGGGAGGAUACUAGCCACGAAAUCCUCAAGCGUUGUUGCACUACGUACUUGCAUCAUCCAAGAGUACAGGCGAUCAUGUCGCGCCAGAGAGCAGAGACGAUGAACGGAGCGCCAUGGCUGAAAAAUGCUAGGUACAAGAAGUAUGCCGGUCAGCAGAUGAAAAGAGACCUGGCUACCGACGUUUCUGGAGAAAGGUACCAGUAUCCGCUUUUCGCUGCAUUAGCAAACGGUCAUAAAACUGCCAUAGCCGCACUUUUGGGAGUGUCGUCAACUGUCUGCGAUGGCGUCGAUAUCACAGAAGGUUUAAACUACAAGAAGGACUUGAAGAAUCACCAAGGUCGGACGCCAUUAUCAUGGGCUGCCCAGGAGGGUAGACUAAGCAUUGUGGGAUUGUUGAUUCAAGGAAGGGCAGACCUUGACGAAAUUGAUAGGAGAGGAUUGACGGCACUGCUUCGGGCCUCAGAGAAUGGCCACGAGGCGGUCGCGCGGCUUCUCAUCGACAAAGGGGCGGAUGUCAACGCUCAGGACAGUUCUGGAUCGAGGGCGCUGCUUCGGGCCUUGGAGUUCCGCCACGAGGCGGUCGCGCGGCUUCUCAUCGACAAAGGGGCGGACGUCAACGCUCAGGACAGUUCUGGAUCGACGGCGCUGCUUCGGGCCUUGGAGUUCCGCCACGAGGCGGUCGCGCGGCUUCUCAUCGACAAAGGGGCGGACGUCAACGCUCAGGACAGUUCUGGAUCGACGGCGCUGCUUCGGGCCUUGGAGUUCCGCCACGAGGCGGUCGCGCGGCUUCUCAUCGACAAAGGGGCGGACGUCAAUGCUCAGGACAGUUUUGGAUCGAGGGCACUGCUUUUGGCCUCAGAGAAUGGCCACGAGGCGGUCGCGCGGCUUCUCAUCGACAAAGGGGCGGACGUCAACGCGCAGAACAGUGCUGGGUCGACGGCACUGUUUCGGGCCUCACAGAAUGGCCACGAGGCGGUCGCGCGGUUUCUCAUCGACAAAGGGGCGGACGUCAACGCUCAGGACAGUGCUGGAUCGACGGCACUGUUUCGGGCCUCACAGAAUGGCCACGAGGCGGUCGCGCGGCUUCUCAUCGACAAAGGGGCGGACGUCAAUGCUCAGGACAGUUUUGGAUCGAGGGCGCUGCUUCGGGCCUUGGAGUUCCGCCACGAGGCGGUCGCGCGGCUUCUCAUCGACAAAGGGGCGGACGUCAACGCUCAGAACAGUGCUGGAUCGACGGCACUGCUUCGGGCCUCAGAGAAUGGCCACGAGGCGGUCGCGCGGCUUCUCAUCGACAAAGGGGCGGACGUCAAUGCUCAGGACAGUUUUGGAUCGAGGGCGCUGCUUCGGGCCUUGGAGUUCCGCCACGAGGCGGUCGCGCGGCUUCUCAUCGACAAAGGGGCGGACGUCAACGCGCAGAACAGUGCUGGAUCGACGGCACUGCUUCGGGCCUCAGAGAAUGGCCACGAGGCGGUCGCGCGGCUUCUCAUCGACAAAGGGGCGGACGUCAACGCUCAGGACAGUGCUGGAUCGACGGCACUGUUUCGGGCCUCACAGAAUGGGCCACGAGGCGGUCGCGCGGCUUCUCAUCGACAAAGGGGCGGAUGUCAACGCUCAGGACAGUUCUGGAUCGACGGCGCUGCUUCGGGCCUUGGAGUUCCGCCACGAGGGCGGUCGCGCGGCUUCUCAUCGACAAAGGGGCGGACGUUCAACGCUCAGAACAGUGCUGGAUCGACGGCAAUAGUCAAGUAG